AUGUUAAUUUUUCUCUUCUAUUUAGUAAACUCAUAAUAUAUACAAGAUGGAAUACAAAUUUUAGAAAAAGGUAUGUAAUUAUCUAUUGACAAAUAUCUUGUAUAUUCAAAUUGUCCAGCAAAUCUGAACUCUUUUUGUCAUAAAAGAAUACCAUCAAUUUCUAUUCAAGAAUAAGAAACUUUAAAUGUUAUCUAAAACUAAGUAAAAUGCUAUUAUAAAAUAGGUUUAAUAAGUAUUAGAGUAACUAGAACCUGAAUAAAAUAAACAUUAAUAUUAUAAUAAAAUUAUCAAUCAAUUAUUUUAAGAAAUAGUUCUAUAUGAUCAAAAUGAAGAGUUUUUGUCAUUUGCCUUUAAAUUUAGUUAAUUUAAUUAGAAAAAAGAAUUACAAUUAAUUUAAGAAAAGUAUUAUAUUGAUUCAUUAAAUCGAUCAGCUAUUAUAAUGGAUAAUAAUAACAAUAGUUUAUAAGAAUAUAAUACUACACUAUUUAUGAAGUUUUAAGAUUUAUAUAUUCCUUCUAAAAAUAAAAUUCUUAAUCAUCAAUUUGGAUCAAUUAAUAUUUUGUAUCCUCCUGAUAGUUUUAAUAUAAGAACAGCAGACAAGAACGGUUGCAUCUAUUUUACUAAACCAAUAUAUCUAACUUAAUUUUAUGCAUUAAGUUACGAAGUCAAUUCUAUAAUUAGUAUCGGUUAUAACAACUAAACAAUAAAGAUGAUUUCUAUUCCUGUUAAAAAUAAAUGGGUUUUAGUUUUUGGUCCAACUGGAUAAUAUAUAAAUAAUAUUACAAUUUCAAAAUAAACUCAUAUUGAUUCACUAAUUAUUAAAGUAUAGAAAUAACCAUAUACAAAAUAAUAAAUUAAAAUUUUAGUGAUUGAAAGAAUUUUAGAUAGAUAUUAUCUAUUAAACUCAGAAUCAUUAUUAAAUUAUUUAAGUAUAGAGGAUGAGUCUCAAGAGGAUGAUUAAACUUAUUAUUAGACAAUAAAUAUAUUUUUGGAAUUUUUAGAAAAGAUAUUGGGUAGAAUUAAUUAGUUUAAAAAAUAAAAAUAAUUUGAAUCUUUAAAUUCAGAAUAAAUAAUAGAUAUAUUAUAAGAUGUAUGUAAGUAUUUGAUUAUAUAAAGAUUGAAAAUGAAAUGUCACAAAAUGAAAUUUUGAUAUUUUAGAACUUAUUUUAAAAUUUCAUGGUAGAGAAAUAUUCUGAGAAUGAUAUUAUAUAAAUGUAUGAGCAGUUAAUUUAAAUAAGUGAAGAAUUCAAAGAUAAUAAUAUAGAUUGA